AUGCCGAAGCCCAAGCGUUACGAGAACGUACAGAACUCAGUUCACUCUGCAUCUACUUCACGAGGUGCAGCACAAUCUUCAUCAACAACUGAAUCAGAACCUUCACAUUUUCAUGAUACACCAUUACCUCAUCAACUACUGAAUCAGAAUCUUCGUCAACAACGGCUAACUUCAUUUCUUCAACCGUUACCGCGGCGGACUCCUUUAGUUCAGGAUUCAGCACAACCAACUCCAUCAGUUCAGACCACAACGCAGCCGAUUCCAUCAGGUCAAACCACAACACAGUCGAUUCCAUCAGGUCAAACCACAACGCAGCCGAUUCCAUCAGGUCAAACCACAACGCAGUCGAUUCCAUCAAUUCAAACUGCGUCACAGUCGAAACCACCUAAAAAUUCUAGUGGACGUGAGUCUAUGUCACAUUGGACGGUAGAUGCAAUUGAUUCACAAGGAGCUAUCAAAAAACUCAAACUGAAGAAAACGGACGUGUUCAAUCUAUCUAAUGGAGAACGUAUUGUGGUUGAUUUUGACGACUUAGAUUCUCCUAUUGGCGAAGGACAAGGCAUUCUUGCAGAUUCACAAGGAGCUAUCAAAAAACUCAAACUGAAGAAAACGGACGUGUUCAAUCUAUCUAAUGGAGAACGUAUUGUGGUUGAUUUUGACGACUUAAAUUCUCCUAUUGGCGAAGGACAAGGCAUUCUUGCAGGUUUUUGUGGAAUUUUAGCAAAAGACAGCUCCAUAUUUCCAGUUCACUUUGAAAAAUGGUCGGAUUUACCUGCAGCAUACUUCAACAAUUGCUUUGAUCAAUUUAUAAAGGUAUAG